AUGGAAGUUAUCACACUACUCACCUUUUCGUUCUACUCAUCACACAACGAACAACUCAUCCGCGUUGGCAGAAGUUUCCUUAGUCAUUUCGCUUUCGGAACAACUGUGCCGAGAACGAAGGUGGAUGAUCACAACAAACCGAUUUACGUCGUAUGUGGCAUGGACACUUUCGAGUCAAUUGGACCACCUCCAAUAGAUACCGCUUCUUUCUCAAGAGCUGGACAACCAAUUCACCUGUGGAAACAAGCGUUCACUGAUCAUUUCCCGCAAACGGAAGCAGAGCUAGAAAAGAAGUCAACAGAAGACCAAGAGUUGUUCUCGGAACCAAUCAUCGAUAACCUCAUUGCUAAGCGAGAGAAGGAUCUGGAAAUGUAUAUAAAACAAAAGAAGGACCGCCAAGCAGCAGAGGCUCGAGCGGCAGAAAAAAUUAAAGCUAUCUAA